AAUGCUGUUUCUGUAUACAGCUGCCAGGAUUAUCUCAGUAAGAAGAGAGACAGCAAUUCUCAGCAGAGCAGGAAAUACUUCAGGUUCUGCUAUUCACAGAGACAGGCAGAGGUUGGUCCUAUAUGUGAAACUCUUCUGCCUUAUGGGUCUCACAUGGAUCACCGAGAUCAUCUCAUGGGCUGUAGGAGGGGCAGACUACUAUUGGUACAUCACAGACAUUGUCAACAUGUUACGAGCAGUCCUCAUAUUUGUCAUAUUCUGCUGUAAGAAAAGUGUGUUAAACCUUCUGAGGGUUCGUUUAGAGUCAUUUCUACCAUGUGCAAAACGGAUAACUUGUGGGAAAAGUGGCACAUCUUUGUCUGACCCUACUAGUUCACUCCAGCUGACAACUAGCAUCAAGAGGAGCACUAAAACACCAAGCCACGAUACUUGACAAGCCUGCACUUAAUAAUACCUUAUUCUAUCCUUUUAUGUACAAUAAGAAUGGAGGACUAUAAUUCCUUUUGCUACUGAACUGAGUGAAUACCAACUGUAAUAUUGUUUUUAGGCCAGUUAAGAAAUAUAAGUUAUGACACAAA